GAGAAGACAAUGUGUGGAAAGAAGUUCUGGAGAUGUCAGACCCAGUACAAGUGCAUUACGAUACCAUUGAGCAGCUCUUCUGUCAGAAAACUGUGGAUAAGACCAAGAAAGAGGAGCCCGUCAAGGCCAAAGCUCCUACAGAGGUUAACCUCCUGGACAUGAAGCGCAGUAUGAACGCCAACAUCUUUCUGAAGCAGUUCAAGGCCUCUCACAACGAGGUUGUGCGUAUGAUCAAAGAAGGAGACAGUACCAAAAUCGGUGCUGAGAGGCUGAGAGGGCUGCAGAAGAUACUCCCGGAUAAGGAUGAGGUCCUGAUGAUUCAGAAUUAUGAUGGAGACAAAGAAAAGCUUGGCAACGCUGAAAAAUUCAUUUUAAUGCUGUCUGGUUUGAAUGGCUACAAAAUCAGGGUUGAAGGCAUGCUUCUGAAGGACGACUUCCGUGUUGCUAUGGACUCUCUCCGGCCAAACGUGGAGGUGGUGAUCACAGCGUGCAACAUGCUCAUGGACAACGCCUCACUCAAAGGCUUCCUCAGAUACGUUCUUCACGCAGGAAACUUCAUCAACGCUGACGCCCAAAACGAAACUAACACAAUUCAAGGAAAACUAGCAGAGAUCAAAGACCUCACUGUGAAGCUUGCUCAUCACUUCUGUGAGCAGGAGAAGUCUUUUAAGCUGGAGGAAUGUCUGAACAACUUCAACGUUUUCUGCCAGAAGGUCAAGCAGUGCGAGAAGGACAACGAGCAGCGCAAGAUUCAGGAGGAGAGAGCAGAAAAAAGAAGAAAGGAGAACGAAGCCAUGAAGGCGAACAAAGGAAUUCCCUCAGCCAAGAAACCAGGACAAGCGCUGGGCAUUCCGGGUCUCAGAAAAUUCAACCGCGAGGUGAAAAAUCCACCGGAAGAAGACGGAUGCAUCAUUGACAACCUGCUUAAGGACAUCAGAAAGGGUUUCAAGCUGAGGAAGACCACGUCCAUCAAGGGAAGCAACAACCAGAAAAGUCCCGUGGCUCCUAAGGAGAACGGAAAUGCCGAGGUUGUCCCCCGUGAAGUGAGCAUCGUGAACGGAGACAGCGGCACCGGAACUGACAAAACUGACGUCACUUCCGAUGGGACUGAAACGAAGAUGACAGAAGUAUCUGUGUGCUAAUAAUAACCAGCUAAAUAAUGAUAAUAAAUGUGAUGAACGUUUUGGGUUUUUUUGAGUUACAGGAAAACGAAAAAAAAGAGGCAGCGUUGGGCUUGCGCUCGAAAGAUUGCAAGUCCAGUCCUUUGGGUUAUUAAGUUUCUUUAUUUGAGGGAACGGGGAAUUGUUUGUCUGUUUUGUUUGUUUGUUUGUUGUUGUUUUAGUUUGGGGGGGGUGUUGAUAACGUAAGGUACUCGUUGGGCUGUUGGUACUUUUCCUGCUUCCUUCAGUCACUUCAUUCAGUAUCAAAUGAGUUUCUUGUAACAACUGGAGAAGGGAUAAGUAGGCAGAACAUACACAAAAAGUACUGAGAUAAUAUGCAGAAAUUACCUGCCUGAUAAAUGGAGUUAUUUAUUGCGAAUGCAUGAGUCACAUCAGAUGAGGCACUCUCGCUUAUACCUGUUGCAAUCGUUAUUGUUGAUGACGGCUGUGGGGUGGGAAGUUGGAGGGGGCCAUUAGUUGGUCUUACUUCUUGACUUUCCCUCUUUUGAUUCUCUCUGACUGUCUUACUUUAUUCCAGCACUAACUGACCAUUAUAUUGUCGACGUGAUUCUCUAUACUGAAGCCAACAAGAUGGCUGCUGAUGCGUGCUGUGUCAAACCACAAGCUCAGUGAUGUCUUGUGUGUACUCCAUUAUUCAAGUUUUGAAGUAACUUACUUUGAAAGUAAUGAAUUCCAGAAGUAAAUGCAAAAUGAAAUGGAAUUUUUGCUUUACACUAGAGUUGUACAUAAAAACAAGGACUUAUCUGGAUUUAGCAGAAUGUGCAACGGCACCUCGCGACCUUGAAGGAUGGAGGGUGUACAUCAUGUACAUGAUGUCAGCCUCUGAGUCAGAGAUGACACCUUCAGAUAUUUCAUGUACUAACGUUUACCGUUUUAGCUUUGGUCUCGAGGAAGAUUUUUAUUUCUUGGCAGCUGUGAUGAAAACUCUCAAAAGUCAGAAAUUGUGGUCCGUACAAGAUAGCACUCAGAUGGCAAACUCAUGUCGUUUGCCUUGAGAAAUACCCCGCACGUCUUUUUGUUCGUUUUAAUAAGUGCUUUACGACACAUGCAACACACAUAGGUCAAAAAGUGUUGAAGAUUAGAAGUGUUACAAGAGAGUAACAUACCAAGA